AUGGCAUCUCAGCUGAUCGAGGAGCAGCGCAAGGGCGCCGAGGUGCACGCUGGGCAUGACCUCUGCGAAGAAAAGAUGAAGCAGCUCCUGGCGGAGCUGGGCCUCCCCAAGGGCCUGCUGCCCCUGGAGGAGAUCCGAGAGUUCGGACACAAUCGCAGUAGCGGUUUCGUGUGGGCGAUUCAAAAGAAGAAGAAGAAUCACACGUUUGAGAAGAUCAAACAGGUGACGUCCUACGCCGCGGAGGUGACCGCCUUCGUGGACGGCCGCAAGCUGAAGAAGGUGAACGGUAUCAAGGCGAGGGAGAUGCUGAUAUGGGUUAGCAUUGUGGAAGUGGGCAUCAACGAUAGCGCGCCCGACAAGGUCGUCUUCCUCUCCUCCGCGGGGCUGUCCAAAACCUUCCCCGCAUCUGCUUUCGAGUGA